AGGCGGGAGGCUGCGGGCGGGAGGCGGCGGUCUAUGCCGGGGCUCCGGGACCGCCGUGACCAGAGCUCCCAGCCGCGCCGCCCAGCCCUCCGCAACAUGCCGGUCGCCGCCGGGCCCCGGCCCCGCUGAGCGCCCCCGCUGUGGAUCUAAUGUCUCCGUGAAGGUGCCGCGGCCGCCGCCUCAGCUUUGCCCCGGGAGGAGCAGCAGACUGCGGUAGGAUUUUCUCCCCAUCUCGGAAGCCCAUCCAGAGGCACCAGCUGCUCCCCCGACUCGCGCCCACCUCGGGAAGAUGGGAAGCAAGGCUCUGCCAGCCCCCAUCCCGCUGCACCCGUCCCUGCAACUCACUAACUACUCCUUCCUCCAGGCUGUGAACACCUUCCCCGCAGCUGUGGACCAGUUGCAAGGUCUGUACGGACUCAGCGCCGUGCAAACCAUGCACAUGAACCACUGGACAUUGGGCUACCCCAAUGUGCAUGAAAUCACCCGCUCUACCAUCACGGAGAUGGCGGCCGCGCAGGGCUUGGUGGACUCCCGCUUCCCUUUCCCCGCGCUCCCCUUUGCCACGCACCUCUUCCACCCCAAGCAAGGGGCCAUCGCCCACGUCCUCCCAGCACUGCACAAGGACAGGCCCCGAUUUGACUUUGCCAACCUGGCCGUGGCCGCCACGCAGGAGGACCCCCCCAAAGUGGGAGAGCUUGCCAAGCUGAGUCCCGGACUGGCCUCGCCCCUGUCGGGCAUCGGCAAGCUGUCCCCGGACAGAAAGCCUUCCCGCGGCCGCCUGCCCUCCAAGACGAAAAAGGAGUUCAUCUGCAAGUUCUGCGGCAGGCACUUCACCAAGUCCUACAACCUCCUCAUCCACGAGCGAACCCACACGGACGAGCGGCCCUACACCUGCGACAUCUGCCACAAGGCUUUCCGGAGGCAGGACCACCUGCGGGACCACCGGUACAUCCAUUCCAAAGAGAAACCCUUCAAGUGCCAGGAGUGCGGGAAGGGCUUCUGCCAGUCCAGGACCCUGGCGGUCCACAAAACUCUACACAUGCAGGAAUCUCCACACAAAUGCCCCACAUGUGGAAGAACCUUUAAUCAAAGAAGUAACCUGAAAACUCACCUUCUUACCCAUACAGACAUCAAGCCCUACAACUGUGAGCAGUGCGGCAAAGUGUUCAGGCGAAACUGUGAUCUACGGCGGCACAGUCUAACUCACACCCCGCGGCAGGACUUCUAGAGCAGCCAGGGACCCGCGCCCGCUCCGGCAGCUCCAACUUGCCCACUUUACUCAAGGAGUGUAUUGUAGGAACUCGCAGACGCGCACACACACACACACGGAGACACGCACGCAGACUCGGGGCCAAGCUUUCCUACCACAUGUCUGCGAAACUCGUUUAGAGAGUGCGGACUGCAGGAUCGGGCCCCUCUCCAACCCACACCCAAGCGUAAAGCUCAUCUUGUAGAUAAUCGCAGCUCAUUUUAGAGCUCUGUACAGAAUGUGGUUUUUUCUUGGUUUGUUUGUUUUGUAUCGUGUCAGAUGCACACCGAUAACAAAUCAUGGAGGCAAAGUAUCUCUUUAAAAAUGUAUUUCAAAAUAAAUCUUUUUUUUUUUUCCAAAUACCUCCCGCCUUCUUGCAUUAUUAUCUGAGCAUUUGGGCUUUUUUUUUCCUGCUGUGUCAAUGCAAUGGUAAAGCAUAUUGAAUAAAUUUCCUAGCCGGGUAAUUGUACUGUCACAACAAUUUUGGUGAUCGCUUUUGUUUGGUCUGUUCCACUGUCGCUGUUGUGUUAUCUAUUGUUAAGUAAAAUGAAAGUGCCUUAUUUGAGAGUUUA